AUGCCUUUCAAUCCCCAAUUGCUACGGGUCGACGUGCCCGCCUUUCACACAAUCGACACCAGCUCGGUCGAGAACCUCUUCGGCAUGGUACGCCCUCUCCACCUGUUUCGCGCCCACAAUGCAUCAAAGCAAUCUGACUGACGCCCGCCCGCAGUGGUCGCUCUUCUCAAAGGCUUCGCACGCGUUGGAGGACGGCAAACGCCUGGAAAACCUGAGCUGGAGGCUCUGGAACCGAGAAGUAUGCAAAAUGCACCGCUUCUUGACAUGUCCAAGACACACGCUUACCUCCCGUGCCCCCCUCUCAGACCUUCUGCUGUUCGCCUGAAUCGCAAUCCAGGAGCGCCUCUACCCUCCGCCACACCCGCACCGCGACUGCGUCGAGAACGGCAGCCGCGCGUGGUGACAUCGCCGUACCCGCCCUCUCGUCCAGUCUGGACUCCGCAUCUUCGGACGAGGAAUUCGACCCGGACUCCACGUCAUCCACCAUCACCCCUCGCCUGCCCAAGGCCCGUCCAGAACUGAAGCGGAACGAGUCGACCGACAGCACCAGAAGUCGCGGCCGCGAGAAACAUAUCACACCCAUUGACCUGGAAAAGAUCGUCCUCGCCAUCAAGGAGACCAAACCGCUGGAGCCGAUCGAUUUCCGCGUCUGCACGCCCGCCUCUCGUCCCCAGGAUCCGCCGCCUUCCACCACAGCAUCGCAGGUCCUCUCCAAACUCGAUCUCGAGGAGCAGUCGCCCGACCAGUCCCAGAUCGCCACACCGCAUCCUUCGGCAUCGCAAGCGACAUUCUUGGAAUCCUCUGCCUCUACCGUGGGCACCAACGGAUCGCAUGAUUCCAAGACUUCUCAAACCGUCGGCUCCCAGGAAAGCUCAUCCACCGAAAUGAGCACCCACAGCAUUGUUCAUGGCUUCCACCCGUCCUCGUAUCGCUCGCAGACCAACUUGUCCGCGCAGCCGACGCCUAUUCUGAAGACCUCACCCACGUAUAGGCCAGCACCUCUCAAGAAGAAGGGUCCCAUGUUCACUAUCGGCACGUCGUCUGGCGAAGACGAGAGCUCGUUGGAAAGUCACAUGUACAAGAGCCAACUCUCCGAAUCUCUCAAACGAUCCGGAAUCCUCAAUAGCCCGGAGAAGGCGAAGAAGCAGACAUCCUUCAAGGACGAAGUCAACAACGUACGGAAAGCGUCUGAACACAGCCCCGUGUUCGAGUCGGACGACGAAGACGAGGAUGUCUCCGAAAGCGCAAUCGAGGACGACGACGAUUCUUCAGACUGGGAGGACUCUGACGAUCAGAGCGGCCCAUCGUCUGUGGUGGACCGCGAGCUCUUCCAACGCGUGGAUUCGAAGCCGAACCUGACCUCGAGGAGAUCGUUGCUCACGACCCUGAUGACGGAACCCGAGCGGGCGAGAGCGCUUCAAAAUGCGGCUUCGAGAUCAACACCUGCCAUUCGCCGUUCGAGAAACAGUACGCCAAACGGGCCAUCUGUCGCCACCUCACCGGAAUCAUCAUCUCCCAUACAACCGGCGGCUCGGGAGAUUCCUCGCUCGAAACCCAUCAUCAUGACCACAAGCAACACUCACCAACACAUUCCAUCUUCACCGCGGACGACUCGGCGAAACAUGCUCUCCACGGAGCUAACGGAAUCCCUUCGUAAAAACCUCCUCUGGGAGCGGCAACAACGGAGCAGCAACAACCUCGCUCAGCUGAAGCGACGACACACAUCGACCGAUGUCAAGAACCUGAAGCAGCAUGCGGAACCGGCUCCCGUCCUUUCCCAGAAGGACAACAAUACCAAAAAGUUCACCAACGAUUACUUCAAUGCGGGCCUCGGAGAGUACCACGCCCGAGGCUGGUAG